AUGGCUGCAGCACUUGUUCUGUGUGGAAACAAGAGGUCGUUCUUCCAAGACGAUGUGUUACCUUCAUCGCUUCAUCUUUCAAAAAGACUUCGAUGCUCUUCUUCUUCUUCUUCUUCAAUUCCUCCUCAACGUGUCACUCCACUUCGUCGUCCCGCUGAGGAAACCGAACCUGAACGUUUCGGAAAGAGAGCCAAGAUGACUCAUCAUGAGAAUCUGAGUGCGGAGGAAUGGGCUGAGCUGUUUGUUGGAGAGAUGAGCAGCGCCACCAGCGUCGACGAUGCCAAGGCACGGGCCGCAAACGCGCUACAGGUCUUUGAGCAAUUGAUCAGGUCACGUGCUGCCGCCGAGGCUGAGGUGGUAACCGCCCAGAAGGAGAAGGAGAAUAUGGUGUUGAAACAAGAAAACCAAGAAAUGAAAGAGGAGAAUAUGAUUCUGAACGAGCGUCUUAAAGAAACUGAGGGCCGAAACCAAGAAUAUAAGAAGCGAGUGAGUACACUUGAAGUUGACAAAUAUGGCUUGCAACUGCACCUCAUGCAAGCACAGCAAUGCAACACAUCUAUCCCUUUAGGUUUCCAUCCUCGUGUCUUUUGA